AUGACUUCCUACGAGAUUUCGACGAUGCUCACCGCGAGGGACAACGUCACCGCCACAGCAGCAGCCGUCCACAGUCCUUACGGCUACGUCCCUUGGGAGAGCGCCGGCGUGAUCUUUGCUCUGCUUUUCGGUAUCACUACGCUUGUCCACCUCGUGCAAUCCUUCCGAUAUGGCAUGAAGUUCCUCCUACCGACAGCCGUUUUAUGUGGUGUCUUCGAGAUCAUUGGCUGGGGUGCUCGUCUCUACUCCCACUUCCAACCGCACCAGCAAAACCCGUACAUUAUUCAAAUCGUGACCACCAUUGUCGCUCCAAUCCCCCUGACGGCAGCCAACUUCAUUAUUUUAGAAAGGAUCAUCAGGAAGCUCGGACCCCGGUACAGCAGGCUGAGUCCCCGCAACUACCUGCGUCUUUUCCUGGCCACGGACGUCGUCGCCUUCCUCAUCCAAGCCGGUGGCGGAACGAUUGCUGCGAACGCGACGACGCUCUCUGGUGCUAACCAGGGAGGCAACAUCAUGCUGGGUGGCAUUAUCAUACAGCUCGUGUUUAUGAUACUCUUCAUUGGCCUGACCGCAGAAGUGUUCUACCGGUACAACGUUGACGCGUCCAUUCGUCAGCCCACUGACGAGGAAAAGCUGGAGGAAGUUCCCUUCUUGCUCUCUGACCACCCCCGCACUCUGGUCAUGAUCGAAGCCGGCGCAUUCAGCACGUUCUGUCUCCUCGUACGUGCCGUGUACCGUACCAUCGAGCUCGCCGAUGGCUGGGACGGCACCGUGAUCUUGACGCAGUCUUACUUCAUUAUCUUUGAUGCUCUGAUGGUCACCCUUGCCAUGUUCGCCAUCAACUUCUUCCACCCCGGCUAUCUCCUCCACUGAAGAACGGUUCGUAAAAGACGGUCUAUCAUCUUUACUUUCAUUAGUAG